CAUUUGUCGGCUUCAACACUGAAAAAAAAAUAAAAAAAAAAAAUCCUCCACCUGGGUUUCCAUUUGGUUUCUUGUCAAAAUGAAAUAUCUCUGAACUCAAAAAUACUUGCUGGGGCCUGUUCAGAACUAUUUCGGCCACUGGAACUAGAUUAUGGGGGUUUCAUCAUAAUCCUAUUGAAAGUACAAAGUCCGUUGCCUCAGCUGUGAUAUCCAUAUAGUUAAAUAUAAGUAGCAUGAAGCAGAGGGAACCACCUGAGUUACCUCGAAAAUUAGAGACGGAGCUAGAUAGGAUCAGCAGCUUACCAGCACAUGUAAUAGACCAAAUUUUAUCCCAGUUGUCAAUUAGGGAUGCUGUGAGAACAAGUGUUUUGUCAAGAAAGUGGAGAUACAAAUGGGCUACAAUUCCACAUCUUGUGUUCGAUAGUCAAUGUAUAUCUUCUGCUCAAGAUCAGACACUCGUUAAGAAUAAGCUUGUGAACAUUGUUGAUCAUGUUCUCUUACUUCACAAUGGGCCAAUAAUCAAGUUCAAACUCUCUCACAGAGAUCUUCUAGGUGUCAGUGACAUUGAUCGGUGGAUUCUCUAUCUAUCAAGAAGCUGCAUCAAAGAAUUCAUACUUGAGAUUUGGAAGGGGCACCGCUACAAGGUGCCUUCUAGUUUAUUCAAUUGCCAAAAUUUGAUUCAUUUGGAGCUAUUUAAUUGUUUGCUGAAACCUCCACCAACAUUCAAAGGCUUUAGGAAUUUGAAGAGUCUUGAUCUUCAGCACAUUACCCUUUCCCAGUAUGCAUUUGAAAAUUUAAUUUCAAGCUGCCCUCUGCUUGAGAGAUUAACAUUGAUGAAUUUUGAUGGUUUCACUCAUCUCAAAAUUGAUGCACCCAAUCUCCAAUUUUUUGAUAUUGGGGGUGUUUUUGAUGAUGUUAUUUUCGAGAACACCUUCCAUUUAGCUUUAGUUUCCAUUGGUUUGUACGUAAAUGCCAAAACUGAGCUACCCAUGGCUCCAGGGAAUUCUGGAAAGCUUCUCAAAUUCUUUGUUCAUCUUCCUCAUAUACGCAGGCUAGAGGUUCAGAGUUAUUUUUUAAAGUAUCUGGCCAUUGGUAAUGUGCCAAGCAGGUUGCCUCGUCCAUGUGCUGAUUUGAAUUAUCUUUCUAUACGAAUAAAUUUCAAUGAUUUGGAGGAGUGUUUAGCUGCUUUAUGCCUCUUGAGGAGUUCUCCUAAUCUACAAGAACUAGAGAUGCUGGCUCGCCCUGAGGAGACUUGUAUCGGUGUUCUCACAAACUUUUGGGAAGAUGAUCACUGGAACUCUAUGUUUUCCCAGCUCCAAGUGGUGAAGAUAGUGGGCAUCUCUGGUAUUAAAUGCGAGUUGGAGUUUAUCAACUUUGUGCUUUCAAACUCUCCUUCACUUGAGAGGAUGACUGUCAAGCCUGCUUCUGCUGACGGAGGAUGGGAUUUGCUGAAAGAAUUGCUGAGAUUCCGACGUGCCUCAGUGCUAGCAGAAAUAAUCUUUUUGGAUCCUUAACUAUCUGUGUGGAUAUAUUGGCAGCCAGAGACUUGAACUUGUGAAAAGUAUGUGAUUGCAUCUUAUUCCUUUCAACUCUUAAGCCAAAACAGGCAAUAUCAGAGUAAUUAAUCUUGCGGAA